AGUGAACUUUAGCCAAGGGAACUUUGUGGAAACUAUCAAGCAAACGAAAUCGGUGGUCAGCUGUUACUGGAAGUUGCAACAAGUUGCGACAAUUUGUCAAACAAUACUUUGUGUGAACAUUUAAUUCCAUUGUGAAAGAAAAUGUUCUUCAAAUUUACCGUUCUGUUAGUCUGCGUAUAUAUUGGCUGCGGUAGUGCAUAUCCAAACGAUAAUGCCAACACUGAAAAAAGCUCAAUUGCGACUCGACAUAGGCGGAGUCCAAACUUGGGCAACAGUAGCCAGUGUGGAGGAUUUCCACUGAAAAAUCGUGUACGAUCCAGUUGUCCCACUCCAACCACUUGUUACACCGAAUGCGAACAAGGCUUUCAAUUUCCGAAUAACAAGAGUAAAGUUGAACUGAUCUGUGAUGUAGGCGAAUGGCAAUUGAAGGGACUUGGAACAUUCAAUACAAUUAAUUGUGAACCUGUUUGUCACUGUCAAAAUGGUGGAACGUGUACGGCACCGAACUUUUGUGCAUGUCCAAAAAACUAUGGUGGUGAACAAUGUGAGCUGCUGACAUGCGACACAGUACCAAAUAUACUGAACUCAUAUCCAAAUUGCACCUUAACAAACUGCAAUAUCACUUGUAAUGAUAGAUAUUCGUUCGCCGAUGGUUCUACGGUUGUGCAAAUAAAUUGCGAAAAGGGCAAAUUCAAUCUAGCACCAAAUCAAUCACAUCAAACCAUACCAUCAGCUUGCCAACCUAUUUGUAAGACACCUUGUCAACACAACGGUGUAUGUAGUCAACCGGAAAAAUGUUCGUGCCCCAGUCACUAUGAAGGUGAUCAUUGUGAACUCGAAAAAGUGCCCGUUGUGAAGUGUCCAGAUAAACCAGUUUUUAAAAAUGGGCGAAUAAAUUGUAAUUCAACAAAUGAGUGCAAAGUUAAUUGUUUUAAUGGUUUUGAACUCCCUGACGGAACAAUAGUAAUGGCAAUUACAUGCCAGCAAGGCCAGUGGAAGGCCAAAUAUUCCAAACAGAAUUUCGACCCGUUCUGCACACGCAAGUGCAGUCCACCGUGUCAGAAUGGCGGAGAAUGUCUCAAGAACAACACUUGUAUCUGCCCCAAAGAUUACGAAGGCGAUCAUUGCGAAUUUAAAAAGGGUUGUAAAACCAAUCCAAUAACGCAAAACGCGAAUUCAGAGUGUAAUGUGGACAAUUGCAAAAUCACCUGCGAUAAAGGACAUGUACUUCCGGAUCACUCCACGGAAAUGCAUAUGAAAUGCGAGAAGCUAGCGGAUGUGUCGGACGGAAUAACGGAAUUCGGAUGGAUGCCGGUGAAUUCAAAGCAGAAUUUCGACCCAAUUUGCGAACCCGUUUGUAGCCAACCAUGCCAGAAUGGUGGAGUCUGCACCAAACCCAACACUUGCUCAUGCCCAAAUGGUUUCGAUGGUCCUCAGUGUGGACGUAAAGUAUGUGUACCGCAGCCAGCUCUACAAGACGCCCACAGUAGCUGUGACCAAUUCAACUGUAAAAUUACGUGCAACCAAGGCUACGUUUUUCCAGAUGGCUCGGACGUUAUGCAGAUGGAUUGUAAGAAUGGCAAGUGGGAAUCAGCUUCUCUGAAGCAAAUUUCCGCUCCUGACUGUCAAUUGAAAUGUAACGCAGGAUUUGUUUACAACAAAUGCGGUCCGAACGUUGAACAAACAUGUGACAAUGCAGAAGAAAAAAGCGUUUGUGUCCCCGGCUGCUUCUGUCCAAAUGGAAUGGUCAAACACGAAGGAAAAUGCAUUCAACCAGAUAACUGUCCAUGUCGAUCAAACGGUGCCAUUUUCCAACCUGAAAGUGAGACUGUCAGCACAGACGAUGCAUUAUCAGUCGCGACCACGUGCAAAUGUGAAAGAGCAACGAUGCGGUGCAAAUCUGAGCCAUUCACACGAAUGAGAUGUUCAGUGACUGGUGAUCCACACAUCCGGUCUUUUGAUGACAUUACUUACGAUAUACAGAGAAAAGGCUCGUUUCGUCUCGUAAACACUAGUAAUACGGUGAUCGAAGCGCAAUUUGUUCCAUGUGGUGGACCGUAUUCAUGCACCAAAUCAAUAACAAUUAAAGUAAAUCAUGGCAAUAGAAAUGCUACCGUAGUUCUGAAGCAAAAUUUAAAAGUUGAAGUCAAUGGUCAACCAGUUGAAAUUUUCCCAAUGCAAGUUUUAUCGGAUUAUAUGCUCAUUUCGCUUCCAAGCUCGACCAAAGUGUUGGUUGUUUCCAAAGAAGGCUGGCGAAUAUUUUGGGAUGGUCGCAUUAAUGUUGAUAUUGAUACGAUUUCGUUGUACAAAGGCAAAAUUAAUGGCCUUUGUGAAGUAAACAAGAAUAAGAGACGCAAAAGAUCCACUGAAGUCGAUAUGAAAGCUUGGUUAGCUACAAUUGCUCAAAAGUCAUGCAUAGGUGACAGUUACAAUAGCAUUGAUGAAUUUGUUAACAUUCCAAACCCGUGCGAUGCAAACGUGGAAGCUAUGGAACGAGCAGAGCGACUUUGUUCAAAAUUGAAGGAUGACCCGUUCAAGGCCUGUCAUGGAACAGUCAAUCCACAAACACAUUACGACAAUUGCAUGUUUGACAUGUGUGCAUGUGAACGUGGCAUUGAUUCAUGCAUGUGUGAUAUUUUCACCGUUUAUGCAAACGAAUGCAGUCGACGUGGAAACGUUGUCAAAUAUUGGAGACAAUCGAUACAAGAGUGCGCAAUCAAAUGUCCAACGGGUCAAAUCUACGAAGAAUGCUCCAAGUCAUGCUAUCACAGCUGUGACGAUUUACAACUAUCUCCCAAAAAUUGCACCAGAGAUUGUGUCUAUGGAUGUCGUUGUCCGGAGGGACAGGCUCUUGAUAGAAACAACAAAUGCAUCUCAAUCGAUAUGUGCCAUUCAUUCGACCAAGAACCCAGACAUGAUCAAAUUGGAGCCAAUCAAACAUGUGCUUGGACGGAACUCGGGUGGAAAUGUGUAUAUGAACCCAACAGUACGAACAGCAACACUGCACAAACUCAAGAAUCAUGUAUGCCAGUGUCGCUGAACGCAACACAAACUGUUGGCAUAGUACAACUAACAGGAUCAAAGUACGGAAAAUGUGUCAACACGGAACCAAUUCAAGGAUAUACUGAAUGUCGUGGCACAUGUGGACCAGUAAAUUCAAACACCGGUUUGGCAAAUAGACAAUUUCAUGAAGAAAAAUGCUGUUCUAUGAUAAAAUAUGAGAAAUUAAGGGUUCCCAUGUUGUGUGAAAGCGGCAAAAAGUUCAUUUCUUCUGUGUACAUUCCAAGAGAGUGUUCUUGUUCUAACUGUAAUCAGCGAUAUCCAUCAUUCAGUGCAAAGCAAAAUGCCCAAGUUGCUCAAUGCGGUGGACUUCCACUAAAACAGUUUGCAUGGUCAUCUUGCCCAGAUUCGAGUAGUUGUUAUACAAAAUGCAACAGCAAUUACCAAUUUCCAAACGGGCUGUCCAAGGUUGAAUUGAUUUGUGAUGCUGGCAUUUGGUUUUUGAAAGGCCUUGGAAAUAUUGCACAUUUCGAGUGUGAACCCAUUUGUGUGCCAAGCUGUAAAAAUAACGGACGAUGUGUUGCACCAGAUAUUUGUAUAUGUCCAAAGAAUUUUAGCGGUUCAAGUUGCAAUCAACUUCAUUGCAACACCGUACCAGAUGUUCUUCAUUCGAAUCGGAGCUGUACUUCCACCAAUUGCACAAUAACCUGUCAUCAGGGCUACAAAUUUGCUGAUAAUUCUAUGUCGAUGGAGUUAAAAUGUGAAAACGGUCAAUUUACACCGAUUCAUAAAAAUCAAACGAUACCAUUGGCUUGUCAACCUCAUUGUCUUAGCUCAUGCAAAAACGGCGAAAUAUGCACUGCGCCGAAUAAGUGUACGUGCCCAAGUGGCUACGAUCAUUGCGAAUUAAGAAAAGUGCCCGUUGUGAACUGUGCAACUAAACCAGUAAUUAAAAAUGGGCGACUAAAUUGUAGCUUUAUAGAUGAGUGCAAAGUUGAUUGCUUUAAAGGUUUUGAACUCCCUGACGGAACAAUAGCCAUGGUAGUUACAUGCCAGCAAGGCCAAUGGAAGGCAAAAUAUUCCAAACAGAACUUCGACCCGUUCUGCACACGCAAGUGCAGUCCACCGUGUCAGAAUGGCGGAGAGUGUCUCAAGAACAACACUUGUAUCUGCCCCAAAGAUUACGAAGGCGAUCAUUGCGAAUUUAAAAAGGGAUGUAGAACCAAUCCAAUAACACAAAACGCGAACUCAAAAUGUAAUGUGGACAAUUGCAAAAUCACCUGCGAUAAAGGACAUGUACUUCCAGAUCACUCCACGGAAAUGCAUAUGAAAUGCGAGAAGCUAGUGGAUGUGUCAGACGGAAUAACGGAAUUCGGAUGGAUGCCGGUGAAUUCAAAGCAGAAUUUCGUCCCAAUUUGCAACCCCGUGUGUAGCCAACCAUGUCAUAAUGGCGGAGUCUGCACCAAGCCCAACACUUGCACGUGUCCACCGAGAUUUGAGGGAAAACUUUGUCAAGAUGAGAUGGGAUGUAAAACCAGUCCAACGACGAAGAAUGCCAACGCGAAAUGCACUUUGGACGAUUGCAAAGUGACUUGCGACAGUGGAUAUGCACUCCCAGACAAAUCAACGGAAAUGGAACUGAAAUGCAAACAUCAGAAGUGGGAGCUAACGAAACCGAAGCAGAGCUUCGAUCCAAUUUGCAACCCCGUUUGUAGCCAACCAUGCCAGAAUGGUGGAGUCUGCACCAAGCCCAACACUUGCAUGUGUCCACCGAGGUUCGAGGGAAAACUUUGUCAAGAUGCGAAGGGAUGUAAAACCAGUCCAACGACGCAGAAUGCCAACGCGAAGUGUACUUUUGACGAUUGCAAAGUCACUUGCGCUAGUGGAUAUGCACUCCCAGAUAAUUCAACGGAAAUGGAUUUGAUAUGCGAUCAAGGCCAUUGGAAGUCAAUGAAUUUGAAGCAAAAUUUCUUCCCGAUUUGCAAACCCGUAUGUGACCCACCAUGCCAGAAUGGUGGAAAAUGCAACUACCCCAACUAUUGUUCCUGUCCUUCUGGCUUUAAAGGUCAUCAAUGCCAAAAUAAAUGGUGUAAGGGCUUUCCAUCAGUAAAAAACGCUAGGUACGGGUGUCAUAACUACGAAUGUAUAAUGUUCUGUGUUGAAGGAUAUAAAUACCCAGAUAAAAGUGUGAAAAUAGAUAUGAUCUGCAAAAAUGAGAAAUGGAUACCAAAAUCACCACGUCAAAACUUUAGUCCUUUAGAAUGCCGACCCAUUUGUGACCGACCAUGCCCGAAUGGCCAAGAAUGCAGUAAACCGAACACUUGUACAUGCCCAAUGAAAUGCGAAGGUGAUUUUUGUGAAUUGGGCUGCGAUAGUAAAUGCGGCUACGUACCAAAUAUUCUUAAUUCGGAUUCGAGCUGUAACCCAACCAAUUGCACAAUUAUAUGUCAUGAUGGUUAUAGAUUUUCUGAUGGAACAUAUAAGUUAGAAUUGAAAUGUGAAAGCGAUUUAUUCGAAUCGAUUCAUACGAAUCAAACGAUACCAUCUUGCCAACCUGUUUGUAGAUAUUCCUGCCGAAAUGACGGAGUCUGCAUUAAACCCGACACUUGCUCGUGUCCACCGAGGUUCGAGGGUAAUCUUUGUCAACAUAAAAAGGGAUGUGAAACCCCGCCGAGAACGCAAAAUGCAAACGUAAAGUGUGAUAUAGAAGAUUGCAAAGUUACUUGCGAAAAAGGAUAUGCGCUCGCAGAUAAUUCGACGGAGAUGGAUUUGAUAUGUGAAGAACGGCAAUGGAAGCCCACAAAUUCAAAGCAGAACUUCGAUCCGAUUUGCAAACCCGUAUGUGGACCUGCGUGCCAAAAUGAAUUUUUGCAAGUUUGCACUGAACCACCGUCUUCAAAUAAUUCAAAAUUGGAGUGCAGUGACAUGGAAACUUGUACGCUCACUUGUGAAAGGGGAUAUGAAUUCCAAGAUGGAUCGACAGAAAUGAAAAUGAUUUGUGAUGAGCGGACAUGGAUACCACCAAAAUUGGAAGAAAAAAUUUCUCCAAAUUGUUAUCCUGCUUGUAAGCCAAAAUGUAACAACAAUGGCACAUGUAUCAAGCCCAAUACAUGUUCUUGUCCGGAAAAUUUCGACGGUUAUUUUUGUGAGAUUGAAAAAGACCACCAAAUCAAACCAAUUUUAAAGGAUCCAACAUUAAAGAAUCCGACAUUGAAUUGUGAUACGAUGCCGUGUGAAAUUGCUUGUGCCAGCGGAUUUGCUUUUCCCAAUGGAAACACAUCAAUGAAGAUAACGUAUGAACAGCUCAACUGGAAGUCAAUCAGUGAUGGUUUUUCAUUGAAGUGCCAACCUGUUUGUACCCCACCAUGUGAAACUGGGCAGUGCACUUGGCCGAAUACUUGUGUAUGCGCAAAAAAUAAAGAAGGCGAUCGGUGUGAAUUUCCAAAAGGCUGCAGAACGAAUCCACUUACACAAAAUGCAUUAGCGAUCUGUAAUUCCGACAAAUGUACAAUCACGUGCGAUACCGGCUAUGCCCUACCGGAUGGAACAAAAGCCAUGGAAUUGACUUGUAUACAGCACGUCUGGCAACCAGUAAAAUCCACCCAAGAAUUUUCUCCCAUUUGCACGCCUGUCUGUGAAUUGCCUUGUUUAAAUGGCGGAAAAUGUGCCGGACCAAACACAUGUUCCUGUCUGGCUGGAUUUGGUGGUCAUCAAUGCGAACGUAAAAUUUGUAUGGAAUCUCCAUCUUCACAGAAUGCUGUGAGCAGUUGUACGGCAGACCAUUGUAGGAUUACUUGCAAUGCAGGGUAUGAUUUCCUGGAUGGGUCGGAAAUCAUGGAGAUUAACUGCACAAAUGGCGGAUGGGUUCCAGAUUUCCGAAAUCAAAACUUUAAUCCUGAUUGCAAAGCAAAAUGUAAUAAAAAUAUUGGUACCGUUUUCAAUAAUUGCGGCCCAAGAACAGAGCGAACUUGUGCAUCCACUCAUGAGGAUAGAUCCGAAUGCAUUGCAGGGUGUUUCUGUCCAAAGGAAAUGGUUAAGCAUGAUGGAAUUUGUAUUCCAUUAAAUGAAUGUCCGUGCUUUUAUGACGGUGAGCUAUGGCCAGCUGGAAGUGAACCGAUAUUUCCAAAUUAUCAAGUUGCAUUGUGCGAAGGAAUACCCAGUCUGUGUAGGGACAGUUCAAGUAUUCUACUGAAUAUAUCAAGUUGUUCUAUCUUCAGUGAAAUAAAAAUGUUUUUAAAAUUCAUUGUGCUUAUAUUCGGUAUACAUGCCAGUUGCAGUACUGCAAAUCAAAAUGUCCACAUUGAUAAAUGCGGUGGACUUCCACUGAAACAGUUUGCACGGUCAUCUUGUCCAGAUUCAAAAACUUGUUAUACAGAAUGUGAUAGCAAUUAUCAAUUUUCGAAUGGCCAAUCUAAGGUGGAAUUGUUCUGUAAUGCUGGCAUUUGGUCUUUGAAAGGACUUGGAGAUAUUGCACAGUUCGAGUGUGAUCCUACUUGUGCAUCCUGUAUUAACGGAAAGUGUGUUGCGCCGAAUAUUUGUGUAUGCGAUAAGAAUUUUGCCGGGCCUCGCUGUGACGAAGACAAAUGCAACACCGUGCCAAAUAUUCUUAAUUCGGACCAGAGUUGUACUCCAACCAAUUGCCAAAUUACUUGCAAACCGGGCUACAAAUUUGCGGAUGGUUCUACGUUGAUGAAUUUGAAAUGUAAAAAUGGUGGAUUUGUGUCAAUUCAGAAGAGUCAAGCUGUAUCAUCGGAUUGCCAACCUGUUUGUAAUCAACCUUGUCAAAAUGGCGGUGUAUGUGAUCAACCAGACAAAUGUUCAUGCCCGAAAGAUUAUGAAGGCAACUAUUGUGAACAUGAAAGAGGCUGUAAAACGAAGCCAGCCAUCCAAAAUGCAAAAACAUCAAACUGCAAUUCAGACACAUGUAAUGCUUAUUGUGAGGCUGGAUACGCGUUUCCAGAUAGUUCGACUGAUAUGGAAUUGAUUUGCGUACAACGUGUUUGGCAGUCAAAAUCGAAUCAAAAUCUUCCUCUCAAUUGCACCCCCCACUGCUUUAGCCCAUGUAUAAACGGAGGAAACUGUACUGGACCAAAUAAGUGCACAUGCCCUAGUGGCUACGAAGGCGAUCACUGUGAAUCUGAAAAAGACUGCCAAACCAAACCAGCAUCACAGAAUACAACAUUAAAUUGUGAUACGAAGCAGUGUGACAUCACUUGUGCCAGUGGCCAUGCCUUUCCGGACGGCACAACAUCAAUGAAGAUGACUUGCGAACAGCAUAUCUGGAAACCAGUAACACCUAGCCAAAGCUUUCAACCAUAUUGCCAACCUGUGUGCACUCCAUCGUGUCUAAAUGGUGGACAGUGUAUUGAGCCAAAUAAAUGUUUAUGUCCAAGAAAGUACGAAGGCAAUCAGUGCGAAUAUAAAAAAGGCUGUCCAACGAAGCCAGAUCUACAAAAUGCGGUUGCGUCGGACUGUAAUUUGGACAAAUGUACAGUCACUUGUGACACAGGCUUUGCGUUGCCGGAUGGAACAACAAAAAUGGAAUUAACUUGCAUCCAACGCAAUUGGUAUAGUGCAGCACAGCCAACUCAGAAUGCUGACACUCUCACUUGCAAACCUAUCUGUAGCUCACCCUGUUUGAACGGUGGACAAUGCACCAAUCCAAAUACUUGCUCGUGUCCAGCUGGCUUUGAUGGUCCUCAAUGCGGAAAUAAAAUUUGCAAAACAAAUCCAACUGCACAAAACGCUGUGGCUAGUUGUACUGCAGAUCAUUGUAAAAUUAAUUGCAACACAGGUUACAACUUCCCAGAUGGAGCAACAGUUAGAGAUAUGAACUGCAUAUAUAGUCAUUGGAUAACAGUUACAUUUGACCAGAACUCUGAUUGCCAGCCUGUCUGUAACUUACCUUGUUUGAAUGGCGGACAAUGCACCAAACCAAAUACUUGCUCCUGUCCAGCUGGCUUUGAUGGUCCUCAAUGCGGAAAUAAAAUGUGCACAACAAAUCCAUCUGCACAAAACGGCGUGCGCAAUUGUACUGCAGAUCAUUGUAAAAUCACUUGCAAUGCAGGCUUCAACUUCCCAGACAGUUCAUCAGUCAUGGAUAUGAGCUGCAAAAAUGGCGAUUGGGUAUCAAAUUCACCAAAUCAAAACUUUAACCCUGAUUGCCAACUGGAAUGUAAUGCGGGGUUCGUCUUCAACAAUUGUGGCCCAAGAACUGAACGAACUUGUGCAUCUGCUUACGAAGAUAGAUCCGUAUGUGUUCCAGGCUGUUUCUGUCCAAAUGGAAUGAUUAAACAUAAUGGCAAUUGCAUUCAAUCAAAUCAAUGUCCAUGCUCACGGAACGGUGUGGAAUAUAUGGCCGGAAGUUCAUCUACAUUUGCCAAUGAUUUUUCAACAAAUGCCGAGGUAUGUCAAUGUAACAAUGGGCAGAUGGCUUGCACAUCUCAAAGUUUCACAAGAAAACGUUGCACAGCCUGGGGCGAUCCACAUUUCACAACUAUAUAUGGAAACAGUUAUAAUUUUAUGGGACGUGAAACGUAUAGCUACUUAAAAACUGAUAACAUAGAAAUUGAUGCCUACCUAGUUGGUUGGCCCAAUUCGUGGGAUGCAGCUACAGUCACCGAUUCAGUAACGAUCAAAGCUAAAUUCAACAAUAAGGAGGCCACAAUCAAGCUGAUGAAAGACUUAUAUGUUCAAGUGAAUGGUGCAUCAAAUUAUUACUAUCCGUUGAUUCUUCUCGAUGGCUUUGCGGUGAUUAAUAAGCCAAGUUCAAAUCAAAUUUCGGUGUCCUUCCAAAAUGGUUUUAUUGUAUUUUGGAAUGGUGCAUGGCAAGUGGAUAUUGAUGUGCCUUCGAUAUACUAUGGCGGAAUGUCCGGCCUUUGUACAUCAGAGUACAGCAGACGCAGAAGAUCUACCAAUGCAGGAGAUAUAAAGGCUUGGCUUACUUCAAUCGCUAAAAAAUCGUGCAUUGGAGAGAGUUGUAAAACUAUUGAACAAGCUGUUAAUGUACCUCAUCCAUGUGACUCGAAUAUGGAAACUAAGAAACGAGCAGAAGGACUUUGUGCAAGACUUAAGAGUGACACUUUCAGAAGCUGUCAUGGCACAGUUGACCCAGAAUCAUAUUAUGAAAAUUGCCUGUUUGAUGCAUGUGCCAGUAAUCACGAUAUUGAUUCAUGCAUGUGUGGUGCUUUCACCGCCUAUGCUAACGAAUGCAGCCGUCGUGGCAAUGUUAUCGAACAAUGGAGAGAGUCGAUUCAAGAAUGCGCAAUCAAAUGUCCAAAGGGUCAAAUUUACCAAGAAUGCUCCAAGUCAUGCUAUCACAGCUGUGUUGAUUUGAUACUAUAUCCCAAAAAUUGCACCAGAGACUGUGUCUCUGGAUGUCGUUGUCCACAAGGCAAAGUUCUUGACGAGAAAGACGAGUGCAUCCUAAUUGAUAUGUGUCCUCUAGAUCAAAAUCUUCCUACAUUCAAAUGUCAACCGAGACCUGAUCCGAUUGGUACAAAUCAAACAUGCACAUGCAUUGGAACUGAGUGGGAAUGUGUUAACAGUGUGGAUGACCAUACUCCAACGCCUCAAGGUAUUGAUUCAAGACCAUGCGAGCCUGUCUCACUGAACGCAACACAAACAGUUGGUAUAGUACAAAUAACAGGUGCAGUGUAUGGAACAUGCGUCAACACAGGGCCGAUUCGAGGAUAUAAAGAAUGUCGUGGCACAUGUGAGCUAGUUACUUCAUACACCGGAUUAACAAGGAGAAUAUCUCAUGAAGAAAAAUGUUGUUCAAUGUCGAAAUAUGAGACAGUGCAAGUUCCAUUACUAUGUGAAAGCGGCAUUAAACUGAUUUCUUCUGUACAUGUAGCAAAAGAGUGUUCCUGUCAAAACUGUGAUUAGUGUUGGGAAAUUUUAUAAUAAUCGGAUGCCAGUUGCUCUUUAAUAGAAGAUUUACCAACUUUAAACCUAAUUUUGGCUAACAUCAAGUUCAAAUCAACCACGUGAAUAUUUUUUGAAACAUAUUGCAUCUUAUUGAAAUGUUACGCCUGAAAAUGUGUUUCACCUGCAAAAACUGUGCAUCAAAUAUUCCUCUGUAUUUGGAUAUCAAAUUUUUGAUGUGUUGCUUGAGAAACACUUUAUCAUAACUCACAUUUCGAUAUGAUGCCAUAAUGUUCCACUAAUAUUUUCACGACUUCAAAAUCAUACAUUGAAACUGUCACAUGAAAAAUAUUAUGUUGGUUAACGUUGAAAUAAAAUAUGAGAAUGUAUUUAAACUGAAUAAACGGCUAGU